GGCCACCUGGAGCAUCCAUUCGCAAUUUCCACGGCCAACCCCGCCUCUCACAGCAUAUCUUUUGCCCGAACGGCAAUGCCACAGCGCAAGUGAAGGCCGACUACCGCAGGCUCGAUGUGACGAGACGCCAAUUCGCCGUAAUCGACUACUCUACGCCGUGCACAUAUCCCCUCCAUGAUUGCACCAUCUCAGCCCUCGAGAACAGCCCAGGUCCCUGGACUGUGGAUAUAAGAUCCGCACAACAUGCCCGGAUUCCGCCGCUGGGGCAAGUCCAAGUUCCAGAAGAAUCCCGAGUCGUCCUUCAAGCUCUUAGCCGCCGUCCUCGUCAUCACCUUCUACCUCAUUAUCAAGGAGUUUUCGCACCCGACUUUUCGGCAAGACACAAGGAUCGCCACGUUUGGGGCGCAUAUACAGUACACAGAAUGGCAGAAUGGGACGGAGAGGGCCGAUGUGGAAAAAGCGGACAAGGUGCGCGAGGCUAUGAAGCAUACAUUCUGGAAAUACAGGCAUAACGCGUGGGGCCAAGAUGCUAUCAAACCCGUCACCGGAGCCAAUGACUCUUCGCGGAAUGCCUGGGGAGCUUUCAUUGUUGACGCUUCGACGACGCUGGCGCUCAUGGGUCUAUGGGAGGAACUGGCGGAGUGUGUUCGAUUCAUAGUUGAGAUUGACUUCUCAACUGCACACGGCCUCGUGGAUCCAUCCGAAGCAACGACAAGAUAUCUAGGAGCUUUGACCUCUCUUGUAGACUUGUCCGAAGCCGGCAUCAUUCCAGGGAGCGUCUUAGACAUGGAGACACGGGUGAAGAUACUACAGCAGGCUGUUGCCCUCGCAGAUAAUCUGGGACCCGCGUAUGACACGCCCACCGGUAUGCCAUGGCCCCGUGUAAACUUCAGGACUGGCAGAGGCGUUCCUGGUCCUCCAGAAGUUUACCUCGAAGACCCAGAUCAAUCCCGCUAUGAUGGUCCAGCGAUCUCACCCGCGCGCGGUGGCUCGGCCAUCCUUGAGAAUCGCGUACUAAGCCGCAUGACUGGAAACAAUAUCUACGCAAAAAAUGCAACCCUCGCAUGGGCGCCGCUUGUAUGGAGCAACUACACUGCUACAUGGAGCGGCAUGAUUGACGCACCGAUAAACAUCAUGACAGGAGAACCAGUCGGGCGCCAACGCCAUUGGGACGCCGGCCACGACGCCUAUUACGAAUAUCUCCUCAAGAUGACCCUUCUGGCACCCCGCUCUGAUCCUCAUCUCGCAGUCUACAAGCGCCGCUUUGUAGACUCUGCCUACUCCCUUCGCGGAUCACUAGCCACCCGCUCGACCCCAGUUUCGGAUCACCUAAUGCAGCAUCUUUUUCUCGGCAUGCAGGAUCGCCGAUGGUACCUCAACCGCCAGUCCCAUGCCGCCUGCGCUGCACCCGGAGUGCUUCUCCUGGCCGCAAAACUCUACGACGAGCCUGCCCUACGAACGUUUGCCCUCGCCCUUUUAGAAGGCUGCCAUCACACAUACGCAUCUACUCCAUCCAAAAUCGGGCCCGAAACCUGGUCCUGGAUCCCCAAUCGCGUCACCACCGAGUCACAAGCCUUCCAAACGGAAACAGGCCGCGAAGAUAAAGAACUAAAAGCCCACGGUUUCUGGGCCGUCGACGGGCGAUAUAGAGGCCGUCCGGAGUACUUGGAAUCCCUCUUCUACGCCUGGCGCAUUACCGGUCAACAGCGCUAUAGGGACUGGGCGUGGGAAGCAUUUCUCGCCAUGGAAACGCACUGCCGCGCCCCGUUUGGAUACGCGCAAUUAGCGGAUGUGGGCAGAGUGAAGGAGGAGGAGUGGUCUGGCAAGGGAGAGGGGAGAUGGAUUGACAAGCAAGAGAGUUAUUGGGCUGCGGAGACGCUGAAGUAUGCGUAUUUGGUGUUUAGUGGCGUGGAUGUGGCGAGUUUGGAUCAGUGGGUGUUUAGUGCUGGGGGUCAUGUGUUCAGGAUGAUUCGGUAGGAAAUGAGGAUGGGAUGGUUAGCGUUGUAUGUAUGGGCGUUCGGCGUCUGAUACCCGUCCAGUCGUCAUGUUUUUCUCGGUUGGGGACGCCUUAAAUGGAAAUCAAGAUCUCUCUCUGUUCUAACAGAUUUAGACUACCCUACAAUACUCUUGCCUGCUCUCCUACCUCCACCCCCGCAACGUACGUAGGCUAAACAUAUCUUCCUCGGCCUUCGUACAAGGUAUUGCAAAAGUUCCACAAAGGAAACAGGGCAACAGUCCUGCGAAUUGACACUCGCUUCGCCUGCUUGUGCGACGGAUUGCAUUGUCUCCAUGUAGGAUGUGGUGGAACAGCGUACAAGGGGUGAAUGCGGUUGAAGACCUUAGAGUGCUGCGGUGGGGCGGGUAGAUGCGGAUAAGAAUGUGCAAGAAGGACGGCAGCGGGGAAAGUGCUGGAGAAUGGGUCUGGGUGAGUCCUGAGGGGAG